AUGAAUUGCCCCUCGAGGACCAACGAUACAGCGGAGCAGCGGGUUUGGAACCAUAACCUGCUACUCUCGAGUUCAUACAUCACCAUACGAAAAUACUUCAAUGUCCUGGGAAGCUCUAAGCAUGUCACCAACUCCGGAACCGCAGCCGAAAAUGAUACUUCGUCCAUCAAUCCACGAAUGCACAGCCAGGGGGAGCAGGAUACCGCAACAGAAAAGACUCCCGACGGCGAACCAGUCGCUCCCACAGCCUCAGGGUGUGAACCAGUGUCGAGGACUAGAAAAUCACCUCGCCAUUUUUUCAAAUCUAUAAUUACAUCUUCUUAUCUCCAUUGCACCUUGAGUCUGGUCAAGUUCGCACGCUUCGUGGGGCCCGGAUUUCUCAUCGCGGUCGCCUAUAUUGAUCCGGGAAACUACUCCACGGACAUCUCUGCUGGAGCGGAUUUCAAGUACGCUUUGCUGUUCAUCGUUCUCAUGUCAAACAUCUUCGCUAUACUUCUGCAGAGCUUGUGCAUCAAACUAGGCACCGUGACCGGUCUUAAUCUAGCAGAAAAUUGCCGAGAACAUCUACCGCGAUGGCUGGUGAUAAUUCUCUAUAUUCUCGCAGAGGCGGCCAUCAUUGCAACCGAUAUUGCAGAGGUGGUCGGAUCGGCAAUCGCGUUGAAUCUACUUCUUAAGGUCCCACUGGUGGCUGGAUGCGCCAUCACCUUGGUGGAUGUCCUUUUUCUGCUCCUAUUCUAUCGACCCAACGGGUCGAUGCGGGGGAUGCGCUUGUUCGAGUUCUUUGUCUUGGCCCUCGCGCUGGGAGUCGUCAUAUGCUUCUGCAUCCAACUGUCCCUCAUCAAGAACCAGCCAACCGGGGAAGUCUUCCGAGGCUAUCUACCAUCAUCUGCUAUUGUGCAGUCGGAUGGUCUUUACCAAAGCUGUGGCAUCCUCGGCGCUACCGUUAUGCCACAUUCCCUAUUCCUCGGAAGUGGGGUAGUCCAGUCUCGCUUGAAGGAGUUUGAUGUCACGGCAGGCUAUGUGAAUGCCUCAAUUCCACUUGGCAGCAAUAGCGGUACGGUGGAGUAUCGGCCCUCGAUUCAUGCUAUCCGCGGGUGCAUGAAAUACUCUGUUAUCGAGCUAGUGUUAGUGCUGUUUACCUUUGCACUAUUUGUCAACAGUGCCAUCCUCAUUGUCGCAGGUGCUUCCCUGCACGACCUGCCGGGUAGCAGCGAUGCGGGCCUUUUCGGCAUCCACAAGCUACUUUCCCAGUCGAUAGCUCCUGCCGCCGGUCUGGUUUUUGCCCUGGCUCUGCUGUUGUCAGGGAUCUCUGCAGGCAUUGUUUGCACAAUGGCAGGCCAGAUGGUGAGCGAGGGGAUGUUAAAUUGGAGUGUCCGGCCCUGGCUUCGAAGACUCAUUACUCGUGCAAUCAGUAUUAUUCCCAGUAUCAUUAUUGCCGGCGCCGUUGGUAAAGAUGGACUGAGCCGGACCCUCAAUGCCAGCCAGGUCGUCUUAAGCGUUAUCCUGCCCUUUGUUUCUGCCCCACUGAUUUACUUUACAUGCUUCAACCGCUAUAUGAGCGUUCCAGUGGUGGAGGUCGGUGAGCGCGAAGCUGACGUCCAGGGCGAACAGGUCCCGAUGAGAAACAGCUUCGUACUUUCGUUUUUUGUCAUAAUCGUCUGGCUGCUCAUCGUUGUAAUGAAUGUGGCAUUGUUGGUUAUAGUUGGAAUGGGCAAAUCAUCAUAA